AUGUUGCCAGGUUGCCAGGUAACGGCGUCUUCAGCGCGAAAGAUGGCGGGGCGUAGCUUUGCCCACAGGGCUCGGAGCGUUCCGGGGACUCCGCAGCCGCCACGUUCUCAAGUCCCCAAGGGCCCUCGACGGGACUUCCUCGCUCAGGAAGAAGAAUAUAAGCGUUUAAAUGCAGAAUUGGAGGCAAAAACUGCUGAUUUGGUUCGACAAGCUGAAGAAGUAAUUAGAGAUCAGCAAGAGAUUCAAUCUAGACCUAUUUCAACACAAGUUAAAUCCUAUGGUGGGGAAGAUGAUUAUAGUUUAAAAGACCUGUUAUCUUCUGAAGGGAUAGUUCAUCUACAUUCAGAAACAAAGAGAAAAUCUACCAAAAACACUGAUCCAAUAAACAAGGUUAAAAACAAACGACAGUCUACAGCUAAGGGAAAGAAAACAAAUUCCAGUAUAAAAUUGAAAUACUCUCCUGUGCAAACUGUGGAUGAUGUUGCCAUUCCAGAUGAUUUCUCUGACUUUUCUCUUGCAAAAACAAUUAGCAAAAUUGAAGGGCAACUGGAAGAAGAAGGCUUACCUAAUGAUAUAGAUGAUGAUAUUUUUUGUGGUGUGAGUAACAACAUUGGACCAGAAGCACAGAUCAGAUUUCUAAAGGCUAAACUCCGUGUUAUGCAAGAGGAAUUAGAUAAUGUUGUAUGUGAGUGCAAUAAAAAGGAAGAUGAAAUUCAGAAUUUAAAAUCUCAAAUAAAAAAUUUUGAAGAAGAUUGUGUGAGACAACAGAGAACAAUUAAUUUGCAACAGGCUCAAGCAGAAAAAUUUAAGACUCUUUUUGAAGAAUCAAUUAAAAAGUGUGAUGUGUUACAGCAACAGCUGUCUUCAAUAGAAAGGGAAUUAGAAAAUAAACAAAGACAACAAAAACAGGCUGCCUCUAGUCAAAGUGCCACAGAAGUUCGCUUAAAUAGAGCUCUAGAAGAAAUAGAAAAAUAUAAAUUGGAGUUAAGUAAAUUAAGGCAAAAUAACAAGAACAUUACAAAUGAAGAACACAGAAAAAUCGAAGAUCUAAAAUCAGAAAACAGGAAGCUACAAAAACAAAAAGGAGAAUUAAUGAUAGGAUUUAAAAAACAAUUAAAAUUAAUUGAUGUUUUAAAAAAACAGAAGAUGCAUAUUGAAGCUGCUAAGAUGUUAUCUUUCACUGAAGAAGAAUUUAUGAAGGCACUUGAUUGGGAAAAUUCAUAA